UAUUUUUCCACCACUCUCUCUCAUCUUCCACUUACGAGGAACCAGGAAGACAGAGAGGAAGAACAUUUGUGAACUCGCUUUCCCCCCGUGCGAGAGAAUCAUGGGUUGUUGUCUAUCAUCAUUUUCAGGGCAAGACUCGCUUCGGAGAGAUCAAUCCCUGCAGCACCAGCAGCAACCGGCGGACCACCAUGACGCCGCGCCGUCGGCGGCCGGUGGGCUCGAAAAUGGCGGCGGCGGAGUCCCGUCGUUUUCGGAGUUCUCCUUCGCCGACCUGAAGGUGGCGACCAACAACUUCAGCUCCGACAACAUCGUAUCAGAAAGCGGCGAGAAAGCCCCAAAUCUUGUCUACAAGGGCAGAUUACAGAACCGCCGUUGGAUCGCCGUGAAGAAGUUCACGAAGAUGGCUUGGCCCGAUCCUAAACAGUUCGCUGAGGAGGCAUGGGGAGUUGGGAAAUUGAGGCACAAGAGACUGGCGAACCUGAUAGGGUAUUGCUGCGAUGGUGAUGAAAGGCUUCUCGUUGCAGAGUUCAUGCCAAACGAUACACUUGCUAAGCAUUUGUUUCACUGGGAAAAUCAAACCAUCGAAUGGGCAUUGAGGUUACGUGUAGCUUAUUACAUUGCUGAAGCUCUUGGAUAUUGCAGUAGUGAGGGUCGGCCAUUGUACCAUGACUUGAAUGCUUACAGAGUUCUCUUCGACGAGGACGGGGAUCCUCGUCUUUCCUGUUUUGGAUUGAUGAAGAACAGCCGGGACGGUAAAAGUUACAGCACGAAUCUUGCUUAUACACCGCCCGAAUAUCUAAGAAACGGAAGAGUGACUGCUGAAAGUGUUAUUUACAGCUUCGGCACCGUCCUUCUUGAUUUGCUUAGCGGAAAGCACAUCCCUCCGAGCCAUGCUAUUGACAUGAUACGCGGGAAAAAUAUUGUUCUAUUGAUGGAUUCACAUCUCGAAGGAAAUUUCUCCACCGAAGAAGCUACGGCUGUCGUUGAACUUGCUUCUCGGUGUUUACAGUAUGAGCCUCGAGAGAGGCCCGGCACAAAGGAUCUUUCCGUGGCCCUUUCACCUUUGCAUACUAAAUCCGAUGCUCCGUCUUACGUAAUGCUCGGAAUCACAAAACACGAGGAGGCACCUUCGACCCCACAGCGUCGACUUUCACCAAUGGGCGAUGCGUGUUCAAGAAUGGAUCUCACUGCAAUUCAUCAAAUCUUGGUGAUGACACAUUACAGGGACGAUGAAGGAACAAACGAGUUAUCUUUCCAAGAAUGGACGCAGCAGAUAAAAGAUAUGCUGGAUGCCCGGAAACGCGGGGACUAUGCUUUCCGGGACAAAGACUUCAAGACCGCCAUCGACUGUUACUCUCAGUUCAUAGACGUAGGAACGAUGGCGUCGCCAACUGUAUUGGCAAGGCGUAGCCUAUGCUAUCUGUUGAGUGACCAGCCGGACGCAGCUCUCCGGGACGCCAUGCAAGCUCAGUGCGUCUAUCCCGAUUGGCCCACUGCCUUUUAUAUGCAGUCCGUCGCUUUAGCCAUGCUCAACAUGCAAACCGACGCAUCCGAUAUGUUGAACGAGGCAGCUUCGCUCGAAGAUAAGAGAAAAGGGUCUUGAUUUUUUUUUCUUUUUUUUUUCCCCGAGGUUCUUCUUCUUCUUCCUUUUCAGGCGACGAGGAGAAGCGAAGGAAGUAAUAAUUGCUGUGAUAGUUUUCCUUAGUGAAGAAACUGUGUAAAUGAACUGAAACAUGCUGUUUUUUUUCCUGGUUUUGGGGAAUAUGUUCACACAA